GGUCGUAUACACACGUGUUCAUUUUUCACAGAUACGCGAUGUGUGCCGCAAUAGACAUGCUCGGCUCCGAGCAAAUGUUUUACGGCCGGAGCCCUCCAGCCGGCUUCUUGACGGACUACACCCCGCAAGUGAGGCGGCCGACCAAAUUGACGUCAAGAGGGUACUCAGCCCCGUGUCUCUCGCUGCUUAAACCAGUGCAACUCACUUUAAAAGCGGCUCCAAGAUCCUGCAUAAGAUUAUCCACGGAUAAGAAGAACAAAAGAGUAGUUUUCGCCGAUGACAGAGGAUAUGCGUUAGAACAUGUGAAGUUUAUGACGGAACCGUCUCACGUACCACCAUAUUGGGCUCUCAAAAUAGUCGCAAGCCCACCAUUAGAAAGGAAAGCUCCAGUCCCCGUGGUAGACGUUUGGGAGCAGAGGUUUCCCCAACCAGCAUCCGAUUACUUAGCAUUCCGAAGAAGAAUCAACGAAGAUUUUGUGUCAUUGGAAAACGUUAUAGUCAAACAAAACGAAUGUGCGGUAGACGGGACGGUAAAAGUUAAAAACUUAGAUUUCAGCAAGGAAGUGUUUAUAAGAACAACGUCUGAUGGGUGGAGAACGCAGGAAGACACGUAUUGUGAGUUUGUGGAGUCCGGACCAGUGAACCAAGCGGGGAUUUCAUCUUACGACACUUUUGGGUUCCGCCUACAGCUGCCGAUACACUCUCGAAGGUUAGAUUUCUGUGUUUGCUUCCGCUGUAAGGACGUGGAGUACUGGGACAAUAAAAACGGCGAAAACUACACGAUCGAGAAGUCGUCUGUGAGAAAAUCGCCAGCGAUUGCGUGCGCUAGAAUCAAUUACGGAAAUUCUUGGACGGACAAAUCCAGCAACGAUGGAAAUACGCCGUACUGGUGAAUGGUGUUAAAAAGUUUAUUGGUUCUGUUCGGCUUAAGCCAAUUAGUGAUUUUGUGCCAUAUUGUGUUGGUGGAAUAAAUCAAAGAGUCAUAAGGUUUGUAAGAAUCCUUUUUAAAUAUAAUUUAAGGUGAAUCAUGGCAGAAGCUAAUCUUAAAGUUCACGAACUGGAACUAUUUGAAUAGCAAUUCGAUAACAGCAAAAUGAAAUUGCCAUUUGACUCGAAUAUUAAGUACGUAAAAGGUUUUGCCGUGUAGAUAAGAGUGAAAGCAAAGCGCUAUAUUCGAUACGUUUAGUGCCAUCUUUUGACAAAUUCUUGAACUAAAAUGAGUGCUGUAAUCUAACAAUGUAAAAAAAAUGUUAUCGUUUGACAACAGAAAAACAUAUGGUUUCUAUUUAUAAACGGCUGAUUUGAUUAUUGUGUUUGGGUUUCAACUUACAUAGACGAUUUGGGUACGGUUUGUUUUUUCACCGGUCACCAGGUCUUUAUUGUAUGGAGCACUUUGAAUUAUCUUCAGUUGCGCUAUAAUAGUUCAAUGAAUUUUUGACCUUGAAAUUGUGCCAGUGGGACCAAAAAUGUAUCAUGUUAAAAGGGAGAUGUUGAUGAUAUCUUCUCCUUCUCUCCGACCUGUCUUAUAAUUCAUUUUAUUUUCUUUUCUUUGCAAAGAAUCUUAUAAAAAUCGAAAAAGAGGAUAUUACUUUUAAAGCAUAGUUCCUUUUUACACUAAAAUGCAACGAAGAAAUCUUGAAUUUUAUUUAGAAUAUUAUUUGUUAGUAUGAUAAAAAUGGCAAGCCACACUACCAAUAAAUUUACCCCUACAGGUGACGAAUCAAGAGCAAAUUGUACAGACUAUAAUAUCCCUCGAAUUUAUACUCUGUGUGCUGCCAAACUUCUUAUUUUUUUUUAUACUCUGAGUGCUGCCAAACUUCUUAUUUUUCAAUUAUUUAAUUUAACGGUAACAUCGUAUAAUGCAUUCGAUAUAGGUAAGUAAUUCGAAUGGAACAAACCAAAUAAAAGUUGUUUUGGUUUUGACAUGACCCUACUCUUAUGGCGCUCGUUGAUAUCGUCAUUGUAUGGUCAUUUAAAGGCUAUUUCCGAUCCUAAAUCGUAAAUCAAAUGGGAACGGAUAUGUAGCAAUUUCCUGGUCAUCCAAGCCUUUAUUAAUCUUUUGAUUGCUGCAUUGGACUAAUGGCUGUUAUUUUGACUACGGAACUCGAGAAUGAAAAUGAAUGAAAAAGUUGGAACUUUAACAAUCGUAGUCUGUGGCACAUAUCACACGAAUAUCAAACGACUUGAACUACUACGGCGGCCUGCAGUUAAGCAAUUGAUACGAUCUCCCCCAUGCCCUGUAGAGAACGUCAAGCCGUCAGUGCCUUUCUAGAACGUAGUUACCUAGGUAUAUUAUGAUAAAGAUGGCACUAAACUUAACUAUUUAUGUAUUUGCGUCUGUACACAAAAAUGCCGGUAAAUAAUAUACUUAAUGAAAUUACACACUUAAUUCUUUUGUUUAAUUUGUUAACGUGCAGUCAUUAAAUAUAAAUGAAUUGUGUCAUUAAAUUAGUAUGUGAAAAUUAGGGGGCCGUCAAAUUAAUAUCAGAACUUGGAGGUGUAGGAAGAUGAUGAAAGAC